CCAUUCCUUCUAUCACUUCACUUUUUACUUCUGACUACUUAUGUACGUACUUCUUUUCCAUUCCGUUCAAACCCCCCGUCAUACGACGCCGUUUUGCAACUCCAUUUCAAUCUCUCAUUUAUUCUUUCAAAAUUCCUCUCAAUUUCAUCUCCACGCGCUUUAUGAAGAUUCACCCCUGCUAGGGUUUUCACUUCUUUUUCGUAUUAACUGAACUGCAGAGAUAUAUACAUAUAUAUAUACAUACACAGACUUGAAUAGAGCAAUUUUGAAAGGAUGCCUGCUAUGAAUAAUAAGAAGGUCGAACAAGGCGAUAUCGGGCAAAUGUUUGAAAAAUUGGCGAAAGAGAUCGGUGAACCCGUUGAUUUUGAACUUCCUGAUUGGUUAAAAAAAUCUCAAGAUUAUACUAUGAUAAGGCGCAAUAUAUAUCUAACAACACAGAAGGUUAAAAAACGAGUACGAGUAGAGGAUGAUGGAAUAUUCUGCUCCUGUAGCUCAACACCGGGGUCUUCUGGUGCAUGUGGUGUAGACUGUCACUGUGGGAUGCUACAAUCGAGCUGCUCGUCUAACUGUAAAUGUGACCAGUCAUGCCUGAAUAAACCGUUCCACCAACGGCCUAUGAAGAAAAUGAAAAUAGUUCAGACUGAAAAAUGUGGCUCAGGGGUUGUUGCCGAGGAGGAUAUCAUGCAGGGGGAAUUUGUAAUCGAAUAUGUGGGAGAAGUUAUUGAUGAUAAAACUUGCGAGGAAAGACUUUGGAGAAUGAAACGCCAGGGGGAAACAAACUUUUACUUGUGUGAGAUUAACCGAGACAUGGUGAUUGAUGCCACAUUCAAAGGAAAUAAAUCAAGAUAUAUAAAUCAUAGUUGUUCUCCAAAUACAGAGAUGCAGAAAUGGAGGAUUGAUGGUGAAACGAGAAUCGGCAUAUUUGCAACUCGGGAUAUAAAGACAGGCGAACACCUCACAUAUGAUUACCAGUUUGUGCAGUUUGGGGCGGACCAGGACUGUCACUGUGGUGCUGUAGACUGUAGACGAAAACUGGGAGUGAAGCCCAACAAAUCAAAUGCCGCAUUAAAGAUAGUUGCAUGUCAGGUGGCUAUAAAUUCUUCAAAAGUAAAAGCAGUUCUUUCUGGGAAAGAUGCUUACAAGAAUGGUGUUCGACAAGCAGGAGGUUCAAGACAGGCGAGUGAUCAGACAAGAACAUCGCUCUGUUGUAUUGGGAAAGUGCUCAUGAUAGUACGACCUGGGCCAAAGAGCGUAUUUGGCAUCAUCAAGCGAUUUGAUGUUGACUCAAGAAAACAUUUGAUUAUGUUUGAAGAUGGUAACAGUGAACUCCUUGAUUUGACGCAAGUUGAUUGGGAGCUUUGUUUAGAUAAGAGAUGACCAUUAAAACCUCUUACUAGAGGUAUAGAAUGAGAACAUUUGUUUCUAGAUCUCGCGUGCUGAAACAUCGACGCAGCAAGUAUUAUUCUUUUGAUCUGACUCAUAAGUGACUAAAUGGUCAAAUCAGGGCUAAUGUCUAGCCUUGCAUAUCUUUUUCGAGGGCUGUGGCGUCGUUUUAGGUCUGUUGCUGACUUGCUGAGUACAAAAUUCUUGAAUCCGUCUUCCUAUAUGUUGUUUGUUGUAUUCUAGUAAUGUCUUCACAACUGAUUUAAUUCUUUGUAAAUUUGCUAGAUAAUUGUGAAGAUGAGUUCGUUUUUGGUUAUCCUCUGUCACCAAUACUUGGAAAAUUGUUUUCCAUAAUAGUUUACUGUUGGAUCUUUUACUCAUUGGUUUUGUCAA